AUGGGGCAAACCGGACAUACAACUCCCUUGGAAUUAGCGAAUGAAAUAAACACUUUCUUUUCGGAACUGACUAGAGAUUUCCAGCCUUUAGUUCAGUCUCUAGAUGUCCGGGAACUAUUCGUGCCACCAAAUUUAAAAGCCACACCCCACCAAGUAGAAACAAAGCUGAAUGCGGUAAACGGUAGGAAGGCUGUUGGCCCUGAUAAGCUUAAUAACAGAAUCCUAAAAGAGUUUUCCCAAGAGCUUAGCGUCGUUCUCGCAGAUAUUUACAACACCACGUUAACUCAAGCCUAUGUUCCUGACUUGUUAAAAGCGUCAACUAUUGUUCCAAUUCCCAAGAUACUACCGCCAAAAACAAUCGAAGAAGAUCUUAGACCCAUUAGCCUUACAUGUCAGAUAAGUAAAGUUUUUGAAAGUCUAACCUUAGAUAGAUUAAUGCCCGAAGUUGAACACCAUAUCGAUACUAAACAAUUUGCAAACAAAGGAAAAUCAACUAAGGACGCCCUAGUGAGUAUUCUACACAAUAUUCAUACUGCAUUAGAUAAUGGAGAUACAGCUGUUAGGAUUUUCUUUACUGACUUUACAAAAGGCUUCGACUUAAUUGACCAUAACAUUCUGCUCGCCAAACUUGCAAAACUCGGAGUAAGCGAUGUCCUAAUACGGUGGAUUGCAGCCUUUCUAACAAACCGUAAACAACGAGUAAGGGUAGAUGGAGUCCUUUCUGAGUGGAAAUAUCCUAAAGGAGGAAUACCGCAAGGCACAAAGUUAGGCCCGUUAUUAUUUGUAAUAAUGGUUAAUGACUUAGUUAAAAAUUGGCCAGGAAGAGCAAAGUUUGUUGACGAUUUAGUCGUAGUAGAAACAAUCCCGCGGAACUCAAUAAGUGUGAUGGAUUUGGUAGCAAGAGAAAUUCAACAGUAUUGCAUGGACCAUAAAAUGAAGUUGAACCCCAAGAAAUGCAAGGAGAUGUUUGUAAAUUUUAUGACAAACCCGAAUAUAUUAAGUAGGGAUUUAGUCGUUAAUGGUACCCAAAUAGAAUCCGUUGAUGCGUACAAAUUGUUAGGUGUUAUAUGCUCGGAAGUAAUCUUAAAUGGAAUACGCAGGUUGACGACAAAACAAAAAAGGCGUGUAAAAGGUUGUAUGCAUUAAGAGUACUAAAGAAGGCUGGAUUGCAGGAAAGGGAACUUGUUCUAGUGUAUAAGUCGAUGAUUCGACCUAUUCUAGAAUAUGCUGUUGAAGCCUGGUCUGACUUCCCACAGUAUCUAAGUGACAAGUUGGAAAGAGUACAGAAAAGAGCUCUCUGGAUUAUAUAUCCUGGUAGUGACUAUGGCGAAGCAUUAAAGAUCUCUAAAUUGGAAAGUCUUAAAGACAGGAGAGUAGACUUAUGUAAGAAGUAUAUAAAUAAACUUAAAGAUCCGUCCCAUACUCUACAUCAUUUAACAAAAACAUACUAUACGAAUACACACGGUUAUAACCUAAGAUCAGGAAAUCAGAACCAAAUAGGCGUAAGAAAGAUCCGGACUGAUAGAUGUAAAAAAUUUUUAACAUAUAGAUAUAAAUAGUAACAAAAAUUUCUAUUUUAUAAUAUCUGUUCCUUAUAUAGUAUAUUUAUAUAAUUUUAUUGCUUUGUAAAUAUUUUAUUGUUAAUAUAAACUUGUAAAUCGCUUACAAUUUAAUCCUGUAAUUACAAGAAGCGAAAUAAACGAGAGAUAAUAAAUUAUAUCAAUGCCAUUAACUCCCUGCCGUGGAUAGACAAAGAAGUCCAUCAACUAAUUCGAAAAAAUAUUCAGUCUUAAAAAGAUAUAGAAAUAAUAAGACUGAUUUCUUCAAGAGAAAACUGCGAGAUAUUAGUCAAGCGGUUAAACGUUUAAUUAAGUCGAAACAUCGUGAGUACUUGACCAAGAUCGAGGAAUCCUUGAACACUAAUCCCAAAUCUUUUUGGAGUUACCACCAUCAAAGAACAAAUCAGAUUUCCAAAAUUAUUUACAAUGGUACCACAGGAACAAAUUCAUUUGCAAAAGCAAAACUUCUCAACGCCUAUUUUACCUCGGUGUUUUCUAAACCGACCGUAAGUGCGGAUCGUGAUAUAAUCUUCUACCUGAAGAGAACUUAUGCUCUGAAUUUGAAGAGCUUCAAGUAACUGUGGACUUUAGAUACAACGAAAGCGUGUGGUCCUGAUAGUAUUUCAGCUCGUCUGCUAAAAGAGUACAGUUUCCAGAUUGCGCCCAGUCUGUGCGAAUUAUUUAACUACUCCUUACGUAUAGGCCGUCAGCCGUCUUCCGUCGGAAUGGAAAGCUGCUGACAUUACUCCCAUACACAAAAAAGAAUCAAGGGAGCAUGCGGAAAAUUAUAGACCCAUAACUCUUCUUCCUGUGAUUGCCAAACUGUUGGAACAGUGCGUAGGUAGAAGACUUUAUGAGCAUAUGAUAAGUGCUAUUUCUCCGUUGCAACAUGGUUUUGCAAGGAAUCGUUCGUGUAUUACUCAACUCUUACGAGUGCUUCAUUCAAUCGGGCAGAACUUAGACCAGAACAUCCAAACUGAUAUACUAUACUUAGAUUUUGCCAAAGCUUUCGACUCGGUCGAUCAUAGUUUAAUAGUGACAAAACUCAAGUGUUACGGCGUGAAAGGGAGAAUGCUUAAUUGGUUUCAAGACAAUCUUACUAAUCGGACUCAAAGAGUUGUUAUGAACGGGGUAGCUUCUGACUGGACACUAUGUUACUUCAGGUGUUCCUCAGGGUAG